ACUCCAGCACCCUCAUAGCGCCACCUCCGGGAGGCCGAGAGUGCGUGGCAUCUUUUUAUAAGCUUUCAUUUUUGGCAGCUGGCUUGGAAUUCUGAGGGGAAACUUCGGUGGGCUGUUCUAAAGCUACUUUAAGAGGCUCGUGUGUUUGUUUUGACGUUCCGCCUCGACUCUUGGACAGCGCGGCAAAAAUAACAAGAGAACGUUUCCUCCUCCUCACAGUCACCUGUGCAUUUACCAACUACUAGAUUUAUUUCUAAUCAAUUAUGCCAGGGACUCCCUAAUUUUGCAUAACUUGCUGAAAGCAGGAUGUUCCACCUCCAGUUUGGUAUUUAGAGUCUAUUAUUUAAUUCAUGCAACCUGUUCCAGUCCUUUUCAAAGCAGAAAUCAAACACUUUAACUCGAAGAGUAGCUGCCAGGAGAGAAAAGACAAUUGUUGGAAGGUUGCAGGAGAGACACCACAAAUACCUACGCUGGCUCUACUAGAAGAGGCAAAGGCAGUUGCUAUGCAUUCCCUUCAAAUCGGCAAAGGAGAUUCAACUCAUGUCUUCAGUCCUCGUGUCUUCUGUUGUCUUUGCUGCAGACUUUCUCCCUACCACCCAGCAUGGAGUUCUGGUUUCCAUCGUGGAUACACUUUUGCUCUUCUUGAACAACUCCUGUGAAUUCCCUUAGUUCAUGCUUUUGGCCUUCUUGUGAUUUUGCAACUUGGACUGUUCAUCUUCAUAAGCUUGGUUUUUCAAUGCUAGGACGUUUGAAAUGGUCUUGAGGUUUUGUGGUUGCUGGUGAUGCUUUGCGGAACUUAGAACCCUAGCUUCCUUUUGCUUGGUGAGCUUGCCAGUCCCUGUGAGUGCACACAGAUCAUGGAAGUGCCCCAGCAGCCUUGCUGUUAGAGAAGAAUCCUGUUUGGAAGUCAGACAAAUGGCUCAACUCUGCACCUUCUCUUGAGAACUUGGGCUUUUUCAGGUGACUUCUGAAGUAUGGCUGGCCACAAUAUUUCCUCCUGCGUUGAACCUAUACUGACACCCCAUUUAACCAGGCUCUACUUCGUUGUGCUCAUUGGAGGGCUGGUGGGCAUCAUCUCCAUUUUGUUCCUGCUAGUGAAAAUGAACACCCGGUCUGUAACCACCACAGCAGUUAUUAACCUGGUGGUGGUCCACAGUGUUUUUCUGCUGACAGUGCCUUUUCGCUUGACCUACCUCAUCAAGCACACUUGGACAUUUGGGUUGCCCUUCUGCAAAUUUGUGAGCGCCAUGGUGCACAUCCACAUGUACCUUACAUUCCUGUUCUAUGUGGUGAUCCUGGUCAUCAGGUUCCUCCUCUUCUUCAAGCACAAGGACAAAAUGGAAUUCUAUAGAAAACUGCAUGCUGUGGCUGCCAGUACCGGCUUGUGGCUACUGGUGAUUGUCAUUGUGGUGCCCCUGGUUUUUUCUCAUUAUGGAACUCAGGAGGGGUAUGAUAAAUAUCACUGUUUUAAAUUCCACAAAGAACUUGCUCAUGUACCUGUGCAAGUCAUCAACUAUAUGAUAGUCAUUAUUGUCAUAAUCAUUGCGGUGAUUCUUUUGGUCUUCCAGAGUAUCAUCAUCAUUUUGAUGGUGCGGAAGAUACGCCACUCCUUACUAUCCCACCAGGAGUUCUGGGCCCAGUUGAAAAACUUGCUUUUUAUAGGGGUCAUUCUUGUUUGCUUCCUUCCCUACCAGUUCUUUAGGAUCUAUUACUUGUACACUGUGGCAAACUCAAGUGAAUGCAACAACAAUGCUGCAUUUUACAAUGAAAUCUUCUUGAGUGUAACAGCAAUUAGCUGCUUUGAUUUGCUGCUCUUCGUUCUCGGGGGAAGCCAUUGGUUUAAGCAAAAGAUAAUUGACCUAUGGAAUUGCCUUUUGUGCCGUUAGCCACGAACUACAGUAUUCAGAACUACUUCCUUUAUAUUGAGAGUGAAGACAGGAAUGGUUAUUUCAUUACUUGAUUAAAAAACCAUGCCUUGAUGUGGUCAAACAGAAGGACUAUAAAAUGUCAGAGGAUUCAUUUCAGCCCUUAUUUAACUCCUACCAUCUCUGAAUGAUACCUAUACAAGGACUAGUGAUGUUCAGUCCACCUGGAGUUACAAUACUGCAUUAUUUUCCAAUGUAAAAUGUCUACUUGGCCCAUUCAGGUACCAUGGGUCUAAUGGUUUCUGAGUUUUACUAGCUUAAUGUAGGCUUGUGGAUUUUUUCCCUCCUGCCCAUAUUUCUACUAUUUCCCUCAAAGUUUCAAAAUUGUGAAACUUUGGAACUGGUCUGGCUUCAUAUUUGAUCCUUCAGAAACUGAAGCAAUUCAUGUUAGGAAGGGAAGAACUGAAUGAAUUAAGGCAACUUUUUUUUUUUUCCAGCAAGGUAAAUGCUCAGGAUUUAAAGAUUUUUCUUUAUUUGUUAUACUCUGUGGAUCCAUAAAUUCAUCAGAUGAGUAAGAAAUACCCCUGUGGGUUUUUAUGAUCACUAAAAUUAUGGAGUCAUAGAAAUUAGUUUUGAGGGAGAAAAAGCAAUAACAUACUGUAUACAGGACUUAUUCUCAAAUUUUUUCCUGUUUUAAAUUUUAUCUGUUCUUUUUUUCAAGUUCUUUUAAGAACUUAAUUUCUAUUUGUCUUCUUUUCCCAUCUUUUCUUAGUUUUUCUUCUUUCUCAUUUGACCUAUAAAUUUGUAAGAAAACUUCUAAGACCCCAAAAAAUUUUACGAAAAUUUGCUAUACCCAUAAAAUUUGUAGGAAAAUAAUUAUGGUAAAAUAUUUUAAAAAUUUAAAAAGUAUUUACAGGAAUGACAUUGUUUCUCUUCUUAUAUAUCCAUGUCUUAUUAUCAUAAUAUCUGUUAGCUUGUAGAUUGUAUUAUAUAGUCUCUUACAGAUUUUAAAUAUGUUAAUGUCAGGCAAUAUGCUUUUCUCUGUAUUAUCACAUAUUAUAAUAAAGACCUAUUUAUAUAAAUAAAUAUAAAUAGGCCUAUUUUUGUGGACCUAUAAGAAAUAUUAUCCCAAAUAUAGAAAUGCAAUAUAUAAAAUAUCUUAUUCAUUAAUAUUUACAGAAUAAUGAAAAAAUUCAUUUUGCCAGUUCUUUGUCUCAAAUUGUUUUAAAAAUAAAUCUUUUGCAGGAUUGGGAGUGACAUUGGCCACUCAGGCCACUUUUGGUCUGGUAUUUGAUGGCUGGGGUCAGAGGCUAGACACCCUGCCUUGUGCACAAUUAAAAAUUAUCAGGACUUGCUCUGUAUUUGAAUAUUCUUCCAGACAUUCAUGAAGUAAAACAUAUGCUCAUAAUAAUCAGAACAGUUAGUUACAUUUUAUUCAGUUUUCAUAAACACAUAGCAUUUUCUUAGUAUGGUUUUAAUUUUCUGAAUUUUUCAGAAAUGCAGCUACCAUAGAUAUUGAGGAAAGAUUUUACUCUGUCUUCCUCAGAACUUUACCAAGAGUUGUUCAUUCCUUUGGAAAAUCACAUUAUCAAUGGCAACACCAUCUGUGGAAUUAACAUACAACACAACACACAUGUAAACAAUACAGGUGCCAACAUCAGACUGCCUCAUUUUGUCUCCUUUUGUGACCGUAUCUGAGCAUUUACACAAUGAAAUACAUAUAUUUUAUUAUAAACAACUUUCUCUUUUGUUACUCAUAUAUAUAUAUAUAUAAAACAAUUUGAACAUUAUAUAUGUGUAAAAGGGUUAUAUUAUCUGUGAAUUUUAUUUUAGAGUGGCAAAAGUGUUACCAAAUAUCUACAAUAAAAAGUAAGGCAUUCGGUCUGCAAAGACUGAGAACCAAUGUCUACCACAGACAUAGUCAAUUUAAAAGGGAGAUUUGCCAAUUUUAUGACAUUAUAAACUGGAAAGAUGCUUCUAUAUUUUGGGAAUACUUAACCUCAGUUUGAUUCAGUUCUAAAUGAUGUCUUUCAUUUCUGUCAUGAUUAAACAGUAAAUGCAACUUUUAGGAAAAUACAAAGAAAAUGUAUAUGUAUUUUUCCUUUUUGAUAAGACAACGGAAUUUUCCGUGAACCUCUCAACUCUCAAAUUGGCUCAUAGUCAGUAUCUACCAGAUUUUGAACCCGGGAAAAUGAUAAUUUUUUUUUUCAGUGAAAUGAGUUUGUGUGUAAUGAUUCAAGAAGUGCUGAAAAUCUGCAAACCCUCCCCAAAUCCUCCUCAAUGGGACUGCCAUUAAAACAACAUUCCUAGGUUAACAGGGCAGUUCUUCCAAAGGAGGGCAGCAGGACAAUCCACUCCAGCCAUCAACUCUUGAGUGUGAAAUCAAUGAGGUGAACCUUUGAGAAACUCCAUCUCUUAGAUUUGGUAGAUUCUGCUCACUUAAUCUCAAAUAACAUAGACCAAGGAAUCUCAUAUAUAUUGGGGCUGAUAGGAAUAAGGAAAUUCCUUGUGAUAGAGGAUAACUAGAGCAUUUGGAAAACAGUUGGUAACAAAAACCCUAUUGUAAAAGGGGCACAGUAAUGGUGGAUUUGCUUGGAUGAUGCUGAGAAAUCUCAUUAGGCAAAAGGGUGUCUACAGAUAUCAGAAACCAGCCAUCAGCCAGAGAACCUGAGAAGGAUUUUGGUCUUUGCAAGACUGAACCCUAUUUCUGUGAUAGAACCAGAAUGCUAGGCAUUUAGCAAGAUAGAACUCAGAAAAAUGAGCAAGUUCUGUCUUCUGAAGGGGUAUACAUGUUGGCUGGAACUUCCAGAGAUAGGAGUUGGGCCCCAAUGUCAAAGUGAACUUGAUGGAGGCUUCAAUAUGACACACUGUAAAAGCUAUGGUAAUCAAACAGUAUCAUAUAAAAAUAGACACAUAGAUCAAUGAAACAGAAUAGAGAGCUCCAAAAUAAACCAAUACAUAUAUAGUAAAUUACGUUAUGACAAGGUGCCAAGAAUAUAAAUGGAGAAAGGAUAGUCUCCUUAAUAAAUGUUGUUAGGAAAUUUGGACAACCACAUGCAAAAGAGAGAAAAGAGAUUCCUAUCUCAUACCAUAGACAAAAACCAACUCAAAAUGAAAUAAAGACAGAUUCAAGAUCUGAAACUGUAAAACUCCUAGAAGAAAACACAGUUAAUAAUAACAUCUUUGACACUGGUCUUGGCAAAAAUUUUUUUGGAUUUGACACCAAAAGCAAAGGAAACAAAAGCAAAAAUAAACAAAUGGGAAUUCAACAAAACUAAAAAGCUUCUGUACAGAGAAGGAAACAAUAAAAUGAAGACCUAUAGAAUGGAGAAAAUAUUUGCAAAUCAUAUAUCAGAGAAGGGUUAAUACCUAAAAUAUAUAAAAUACUCACACAACUCAAUAGCAAAAAGCCAAACAGUUCAAUUUUUAAAAUGGGCAGAGGAAUUGAAUAGACGUUUUUCCAAAGGAGAUAUACAAAUGGCUAAUAGGUAUGUGAAAACAUUCUCAACAUCAAUAAUCAUCAGGAAAAUGCAAACCAAAACCACAAUAAGAUAUUACCUCACACUGUUAGAAUGGCUAUCAUCAAAAAAUUAAGAGAUGACAAAUGUUGUUAAGGAUCUGGAGAAAAAGGAACACUUGUGCACUGUUGGUAGGAAUGUAAAUUGGUGCAUCCACUAUGGAAAACAAUAUGAAGUUUCCUCAAAAACUUUAUUUUAAUAAAAUAUAACUAUUAUAUGAUGCAGCAAUCCAAUUUCUCAGUAUAUAUCCGAAGAAAUUGAAAACAAGAUCUCGGAGAGAUAUCUGCACUCCCAUGUUCAUUGCAGCACUAUUCACAGUAGCCAGGAUGUGAAACAACCUAAGUGUUCAUCAGCAGAUGAAUGGAUAAAGGUAUAUCAUAUAAAUAUAUGUGUGAUUCUACAUACGGUAUGUGGAAUCUAAAAAGAAAAUCAAAGUUUUAGAAGUAGAGAGUAGAAGUGUGGUUACCAGGGGCUGGGAUGGUGGGGGAAAUUGGGGGAUGUUGGUCAAAGGGCAUAUAUUUGUAGUUAUGUGAGUAUGAAUAAGUUUAGAGAUCCAAUGUAAAGACGUGGUGACCAUACUUAACACUGUACUGAACAGUGGAAAUAUGCUGAGAGUAAAUUUCAAGUGCACUUGUCACACAACACAAACAAUGGUAACUGUGAGAUAUUUUAUUAACUAAUGACUGAGUAAUCACUUCACUAUGUAUAUGUAUAUCAAAUUGCAUCCUAUACACCUUAAAUAUAUUUAACUUUUAUUUAAAAAUCUUUAACUAUAGUAUUAGCUUCUAACUUCUGUCAUACUUAAAAUACUAUCAAUACAAAAGUUUACAAAAGAUGAACAGGAAAAGGAAAAUGUGUUGGUUUAUUUUAGCACUAGGUGGCAGCCCAAAGUAAAAAAUUGCAUUUGCUUUUUAAAGCUUGUUACUUCAAUUUUGGGGGUUUUUAAAAAAUUUUUGUAGUUGUUUUGGUUUUUCGGGGGGGGUGGAGAGGAAGGAAGUAAUUAAGUUUUUUAAUUUAUUUUUUUAAUGGAGGUAUUGCAGAUUGAACCCAAGACCUCGUGCAUACUAAGCAUGUACUUUACCAGUGAGCUAUACCAUCCCCCCCUUAUUACUUGAGUUUUAAGUUUAUUUUUAAAAAGGGGGGAAGGUAGAGAAAAAAAAGUGAAGUAAUAAUAACCUUUUAGAGUUUUCAAAAUUCUGCACUUAGAUUCUCAGGUUUUUUCUUUAAAGGAAAAUUUCAACUCUGUUUUCCUGUGGCAAGUCAACUGAGAUAUUGUUAAAAUGUAUUUCUUUAGCUACAUGAGA